UUACGCGUGCCAUUUGUCAAUAUUGAGCAUUUUUGAAAUUGGAUAGAUAAAAAUAAUUUUCCUUAAUCGGGGUAGCUAAAUUAAAAUGCAGCAAAACGUGCGUUAUAUAAGUUACAAGGCAUUAAGAACGUGGUAUGCAAAGUUAGUUAAACCAAGACCUGGAGAUCCUCCUUAUAAACAUGUUGUUCAAAUAGGCGAUCCAAAUUUGAGAAUAGAAUCUGAACGCAUUUCUGAAGAUGAAAUCCUAACACCAGAAGUUCAGUAUCUUAUUAAACAAUUAAAACAUGUUUCGAAAACUUACAAUUGUGUAGGUCUUUCAGCGCCACAAAUAGGAAUGCCUCUUCAAAUUAUUAUAGCGGAAUUUAACAAAAAACAUCUAAAACAUUAUUCCGAACAAGAAAUUAUAAAUAAAGAGAUCACCCUUCAGCCUCAAACAGUAAUUAUUAAUCCAUUAUUGAGAGUUGCAGAUUAUUCGAAAGUUACUUUUUCAGAAUCCUGUGAAAGUAUCAAAGGAUAUUAUGCUGAUGUUGCUAGGUACAGAUCCAUUGAAGUCAAAGGGUGGAAUGAAGAAGGCAACUUUUUUUCCAUUCUAGCUCACGGAUGGUGGGCGAGAAUUCUUCAACAUGAAAUAGAUCACCUACAAGGAAAAAUGUAUACAGACAUUAUGGAUCCUAAAACGUUAACAUGUUGUUGUUGGCACGAAGUUAACGAAAGAGCGGGCAGAGUUCACAUACCUUUAGGAAAUAAAUAACACAAAAAUUAAAUCUAGUAAUAUAUUUAAUUUCUAGAAUAUUAUGCAAAAUGAAAAAAAAUAUAUAUUUACAAAUACCAAAAUCAUGCCUUUUUUACUUGGUAUAUUACUCAAUCUACACUCUAUGUAUCCAUAUAUUCUAAAUAAAAAAUACAUAAAACUAA